AUGGUAUCACUGCGUCAUUUGGUUCUGGAUUUGAGUGAAAAAGAGGAAACUGAAAAAGCCGGCGACGAAUUUGCCUAUUUGGAGCGCAAUGAGUUCACAUCGGAAAUAUACAAAAUCGAAGUGAAGAAUAUGGGAUAUUUUGGUAUCGGUGAGUUUAAGAAGCUGUUAAAGAACACGCUGAAGCUGACAUGACAAGAUUAAGUCGCCGACCGAAAAGAGUUUGCCUUCGUCUGCUUUCGCACCCAAGAGGAUCAGCAGAGAGCACUGACCCUGAAUGGCUAUAAAUGGAAAGGUAGGUACUCAAGGCCCUGCGGCCAAGGCUCCGCUGAUCCUUCAGAAAAGCGAGCUGCGGAAGACCAGGGAGUCGAGGGAAAACCAAAAAAGCAACGCACGGCCGUAGGCACAUGUCCUCUGGCGGAUAUUCCGUAUGACCAACAGCUAAAGCAGAAAUCCGAGGAGAUGUCCGCACUCCUCAAGAAAUACACAGAGCUGAGGAAGAUUAAUCCGCGGGCCAAGCCGCAUCUGGAUAAGUUCAAGUUCCAGGAGGUGCUGGCCUCGCCCACAGUUACGGGUUAUAGGAACAAGAACGAGUUCACCGUGGGAAAGAACUCGCAGGGCGAAAUUGUUGUAGGCUUCCGGCUGGGCUGCUACAGCGACGGUUCCGUGGAAGUGGCCGAAGUCCAGGAGCUGCCACAUUUGCCAGAGCAGGCUAAGUGGGCCGCCCGCAGUUUUCAAGAGCUUGUGAGAAAGUCAAAAUUCCUGCCUUUUAAUCCGGAUGGCAACGUGGGACACUUCCGCCAACUGAUGGUGCGGUGUUCCAGCGCCACAGGUGAACUUAUGCUGGUGGCCGGUAUAUACUCCUCCAACCUGACUGCAGCCGAACAGCAGGAGCUGAAAGAUGAACUGAAGACCUACUACGAAAAUGUUGAGGAAGAUGCUCCCUACAAAUGCACCUCGUUGUAUUACCAGGAUGUGAAGCAUAGGGAAGCCGGACAGAUGGUCAAUCCAGUGGAUCACAUCCUGGGCAGCACACAUAUCACGGACACGAUUCAGGGUCUUCAGUUCCGGAUCAGUCCGUUGGCCUUUUUUCAAAUCAACACAGAAGGUGCCAAUGUUCUGUAUCAGCAAGCCAUUGACUUGGCCGCUCCCACGAAAGACACCACUAUGUUGGACAUUUGCUGCGGCACUGGUACCAUUACCCUAGCUUUUGCCAAGCAUUGCAAGAAAGUCUUGGGCGUGGAAAUCGUUCCGGAUGCCAUCAAAGACGCUGAGUUCAAUGCGGAAGCGAAUGGAAUCAAGAACUGCAAGUUCUUCACGGGAAACGCUGAUGAUUUUAUCAAGAGCAUGGUGCGGGAGGCUCUCUACGAACAGGAGCCAGGAAAGCCAGUAGAUCUCAUAGCCGUGGUGGAUCCGCCAAGGGCGGGGUUGCAUAAUCGCUCGAUAGCCGCUAUCCGUUCCGCGAGUGCCAUCAAUCGUCUGGUCUACGUCUCCUGUAAUCCGCACAGUGCCAAGCGGAACUUUAUAGAGUUGGCCCGACCUGAGUCGAAGGCAUAUAAGGGAGAACCUUUCUAUCCGAAAUCCGCUGUGGCCGUGGAUAUGUUUCCCCACACCACACACACCGAGCUGGUCAUUCUGUUUGAGCGUGAGCAAAAGACAAAGCCUGAUGACAAGGCACCGCCGGCAGAGGAGGCAGCCACAGAGGCACCUACAGAAGCAAUUAUCGAGGAAAACAGUUCAUCCGCAACGUGACGUGGUUGGGGCCGAAGUGCAGGGUCCUCGGCGGCGCCCAACACCAAGAUGCCUCAUUACAGCUUAUCUGCCGCCAUUCUGCCCUGCCGUCUAUCAUUGUUCCGCUCUCUCUUUGUGGCUAGCGGCCGCUGUUCGGAUUCGGAUUUUAUUGUUUUAAAUUGAUUUAAUUGUAUUUACGCUGUGCGACGCGGAGGAAGCGAAAAUAGCGACAAAAGCGACUUCCUAUUUAUCCGUAGUAGACACUCUAAGUUGGAAGCCCCGUUAAACUCGACGACAUCUUACACAUCAAUUGUCAUCCUCAUCCUCAUCAGUUUUGUGCUGGCCUCCGGAGGCGGUGCCUGUGUGCCUCUGUGUGAUAAGAAUCACUGAUGAUAUCGCAAUCUAUAUUAUCGGCGAAGGUGUAGCAAGCGCGUGACGAAAUCACUGGGAGGUGCUGCUGCUGCUGGUGCUUCAAGUGCAAGUCCAACGCCCCCUCAAGGGUGACCCUGACAGCGAUCGUUGAUCAUCAU